UAUUUGUUCAUGAGGAGGGCUGAGGGAACGUCCGAAAGUUCGCAUUUGCAUCAAAUCGGUUCAUUUUGCAAACGCCCCCUGCUGGCCAAAACCUCGAUUGGCAUUGCAACGGCUUGUGGUGGCCUUUUUCGCUUUGACACUUGCAACAGUGUUUGUAAAAGUGAUCUAAAAACAGCAUCAUUGGAUUUUGUAGGGUUCACCGGUGUCAUUUGCGUACGAUGAUUGUGUUGAAAUCAACAAACGCAGUCGGACACGUGACGUUUGUCAUUCCCCCACGACCGAAUCGCAGCUCGAUCGAUACGCGCUUGAUUCAAAAAAAAAACUCCCGGAUUACUUGAGACUCUGCAAAAUUCGUCCCAUCACGAGUGCAAGCGAGAGCGCCGGACUCAAGACUCCAGGCUCUGUGUCUUCUUCCUGGAGAUCACAUUUCAAAAUGGGAUCGUGAAGCGCGGAAUGAUCAACGUGGAUACAAUUACCGCAUAGAUAAAGGCAAAUAACAUUUGGCCUUUUGGUUUGCCAUGGAGCAACUUUUGAGAUUCGGGACUUGCUCGGUGUCUUCGGCUUACAAUUUUUCGGCUUUGUGUUCUGAAGCGCCUCUUUCCGAAGUCUCGUGGAGAAGAACUCACUUCUCCCCGAGACCUCUGGAGCCCAAUUCUUCAUGAGAUUUGCCGAAGAACCUUUGUGAUAACCCAAACAAAUGAGACGAAACAACAAUCAUAGUUUCCAAAAAAGAAAUUAAAAAAUGUUGAACCCAAUGAAGGUUGCGGUUUUUGAACUUGGAAUGGAAAAAACAGUGAGGCAGGUUUAGGGCUUGAGCGACGUGGAGCGACGCGGUCGUCAUCGCGUGUCACAAAGCUUUCGGUGGACUUCUUUCAAGGCGAUGUCAUCGAACGGCUGUAAUCCAGGCGUUCCGAGUCCCCGGCCGCCGUCUCGAAGAACCGUCGUCGCUGCUCGGUUUACCGUAAGCCGGAUUAAGUCCCGUCCGUCCAUCUCGGCGGUCCGCCCGCCAUGCGGUCAUAAACGCUUGCACCGUGCUACUGUUUCGCAGGAGGAAAAGCCCGAAGAUGGAGAAAAAGCUAACCAGAAAAUGCCGCCCGAUGACGAGCUUAGGGCUGCCUUACUUGCGUACGGCGUCAAAGCGGGGCCAAUCGUGGGCUCCACCAGGGCCGUGUACGAGAGGAAGCUGAUGCGGCUCCGGGCCGCCGACGGAGCCCAGAGUCGAGCGGUCGCUUCCGAGGAUCGCGACGACGAGGGCGAUGAAGACGCCGAAUCGGGACCAGAACAGGAAGACGAAGAGUCGGACGAGCGCGGAAGCGGCCGGAACGGCCACGUUUACCAGCGGUGCUUUUUACCGUCAUCCAGAUUGCGCUUCGGAACUCGUGCCUCAAGACGCGCCGAACUUUGCCGCAAGCCGGCCGUGGAGAAAGUUUCUAAAUGGUCAACGCGGAGCGGGGGUGCUGUUCAGAUUCUCGAUGAGACGAGCGGAGCGUCCAUUGUAGAUCAACACUCAAAGGUCUCCUCUCGCUCAAUCCAAGAUUCACAAUGUUCCUCUGAGAAAUUCAGCAUCGCUGAAAUGGUUGAAAAGAUGGAGAAACAGAUGUCUCCCGCUGCCGACAGCCAGCGGAAUGAGCGCGACGGACGCGAGCCUCGGACUCAAUCCGACAGGGCGGACACGACGAGUGCAGCGGAUGAGCGGCAGUCGCGAUACUCGACUCCCAAAGAGUCCCUGUCCAACGUGGAAACAAAGGCCCCCACGAAAGAUGACUUGCCUUCUAACAUUCAACCUUCAUGCACGGUGUUCAACGCCACCUGUCGGAGGCCCAUCAAGGGUGCAGCAGGGAGGCCCGUUGUGUUGAAGGACCCGAAGCCUCCGGUCAGCCCCGCCACCCUGGAGAGAAGAGAAAUGGAGCGCCAAAUGGUGCCCGUCCAGCUCCAGGUCGCGGUGUUUGUCGUCAUCGCCCUCUUGCUCUUUGCCAUUGUUGAAAGCGAGCCACUGACUCCACUUUUGGCUCUGAUGAAUCAUUUCAUGCGAGGUUUCAUCGAUGAUGCGGACGGACGGACGGACGGACGGACGCCGACAUUCUCGGGACAUGAAUGAGUAAAUGAGUCGUCAUUUAUUUUACUUUUUGCUUUGAAUGUUAAACAUAAUCAGUCUGUUAAAUCUCAAAUUUGGAAAGUCUCCAGUUUCAUUUCAAUGUUUUGCACAUAUUUGAUUUUGUAGUAUUUUUGUAACUCGUGUUUCAAUAAAGGGAUAUUUUUCUA